GAGCGGCGCGGCGGCUGAGGGCUGUGGGCGGUGCGCGGUGCGGCGCGGCCAGCCGAGCGCGGCCCGCCGGCCCGCGAGCCCGCGCGUCCUGGGCGUCCGUCGGGUGGCGGAGGCGCCUCCCGCAGGGAGUCCCCGGGCGGCCGCGCUCCCGCGUGGUCCGCUGCGGCUGGGGGCCCGGGACUUGCGGGGCCGCAGCGCGGAGCCGGGGCGCCCCCCAGCGGCCGGCGCGGGCCUCAUGGCUGGGCCGAGCGCAGCGGAACCGGCGAGGUGAAUCCCCGCGGCCGGCAGCCGGAGCGCGUGGCGGGGGCGCCGGCUCCAUGGGCAGCGGCGCGCAGCGGCACGAUGAUGGGCGUUAACAGCAGCGGCCGCCCGGACCUCUACGGGCACCUCCGCUCUUUCCUCCUGCCGGAGGUGGGGCGCGGGCUGCCGGACCUGAGCUCCGACGGCGCCGGCCGGGUCGCGGGCUCUUGGGCGCCGCACCUGCUGCACGGGGUCCCUGAGGGGACGGCCAGCCCCGGGCCCACCUGGGACGCGCCCCCGGACAAUGCCUCCGGCUGCGGGGAGCAGAUCAACUACGGCAGAGCCGAGAAAGUUGUGAUCGGCUCCAUCCUGACGCUCAUCACGCUGCUGACGAUCGCCGGCAACUGCCUGGUGGUGAUCUCGGUGUGCUUCGUCAAGAAGCUCCGCCAGCCCUCCAACUACCUGAUCGUGUCCCUGGCGCUGGCCGACCUCUCGGUGGCCGUGGCGGUCAUGCCCUUCGUCAGCGUCACCGACCUUAUCGGGGGCAAGUGGAUUUUUGGCCAGUUCUUCUGCAACGUCUUUAUCGCCAUGGACGUCAUGUGCUGCACGGCCUCGAUCAUGACCCUGUGCGUGAUCAGCAUCGACAGGUACCUUGGGAUCACAAGGCCACUGACCUACCCUGUGAGACAGAAUGGGAAGUGCAUGGCCAAGAUGAUCCUCUCCGUCUGGCUCCUGUCAGCCUCCAUCACUUUACCGCCGCUCUUCGGCUGGGCUCAGAAUGUAAAUGCUGACAAGGUGUGCUUGAUCAGCCAGGAUUUUGGCUACACGAUCUACUCCACUGCAGUGGCAUUUUAUAUCCCCAUGUCCGUCAUGCUUUUCAUGUACUACCAGAUUUACAAGGCCGCCAGGAAGAGCGCCGCCAAACACAAGUUCCCCGGCUUCCCCCGUCCCGAGGAGCCCGACAGCAUCAUCUCCCUGAACGGCAUGGUGAAGCUCCCGAAGGAGGUGGAGGAGUGUGCAAACCUUUCAAGACUCCUCAAACACGAAAGGAAAAACAUCUCCAUCUUUAAGAGGGAACAGAAAGCAGCCACCACCUUGGGGAUCAUCGUCGGGGCCUUCACCGUGUGCUGGCUGCCGUUUUUCCUCCUCUCAACGGCCAGACCCUUCAUCUGUGGCACCUCGUGCAAAAACUGCAUCCCCCUGUGGGUAGAGAGGACAUUUCUGUGGCUGGGCUAUGCAAACUCUCUUAUUAACCCCUUUAUAUAUGCCUUCUGCAACCGGGACCUGAGGACCACCUACCGCAGCCUGCUCCAGUGCCAGUACCGGAACAUCAACCGGAAGCUCUCGGCUGCAGGCAUGCACGAGGCCCUGAAGCUUGCUGAGAGGCCCGAGAGACCUGAGCUUGUGCUGUAAGGUGAGGAAAUCCAGGAGACUUGGUGUGAUCAAGUGACACGUGCAGUGCAAUGAGUGGGUGGGAAGGAGCUGGAAUUAGACUCUCCUGUGUGCAACUUAGGGCAGGCCCUGUGCUACAUGGUGCUGCUUCUUUAGCAUGAGUUUCUCAUAUCAAGAGAGUGACCUUUUCUUAAUUUUCUGCACUAGUGAAGCAGUGCUGUGUAUGUGUUAUGGGCCAUAUGUUGAAACUUGUGUAUCUGUAGCUAGCCAGAUGGUCCCUAACAGCAUACAAAGAAGCCAUUUGGAAACUUUCAGCAGGUCAGUGCAUUUUGAAAGUACUGGGAGUAAUGCAUAUUGUGAUGUCAUUCCUUACUUACUCUAAGUGGAGUAAAUUCCUAAAGGAAGUCCUUGGUAGUAUUGCGUGUGAACCAUGCAGACCUUGGGAUCUCAUGCCCAGAGACAGAAGUUUAUUUAAUUGGGUCUCUCGUUCAACUUGCUUUGUCUACACUUUCUCUGGAGAAAAAAAUAAUUUCUUAAUUUAAAACACUUUGCUUUUUAAGUUCCUGCUGGCUAAAUACAUUAAAAAAAAAAAAAAAAAAAAAAAAGACCUGCUUAUGCAAUGCAAGCAACAGAGAUGUGAUGUGAUCAUCAAUAAAAAUGUAAAAGCAAAAUGUGUGAUGUCUAAUCCAAAACAGAAAGUGAGAGAGACUGAUAACUUAUCAGAAGUAGACUUAACAGAUAACAGCUAUGUCGGGCAUUUGACACUUUACAAAAAGCUGAGAAGGAAUUGAGACAUCUUGUAACUAUGACACCCUGUGCAGACACAUGAAAUCUUAGAUUCUAUUGAAGCUAUAUCAUUUGUGCUCAGAGAUUAUGGAACAAAAGGAAGGUAAUGGACCAGAAACACUCACAAGAUUAUAAAGAAAGACUAAUCCACGUUUCUUCCUCUAAGAAAUUCAUUUAUUCAUCCAUUCACUUGUUCAAUCAAAUAAAUAUUUAUUAAUAUGUCAGAGGCUAUCUAAACACUGGAACUCAGGGGUAAGACAGAAAUGAAUUCCAUUCUUGUGAAGCUAAACGUUUAGCAAGGAAGCUGAAUGUUACACAGAUGAUUAUAAUAAAAUGUGAUGUUUAUUCUGAUAAGGCACGUAUGGGGAUGUUCAGAAAGAAAUGCAUACUUCAAUGUAUUGAUACAAAUAUUUAAACCUCAGUGGAGGAGAGAAGUGGUAAUUCAAAAUAGCAGAUGGCAAGAACUAUCUAGAAUUUAUCUUUGAUAUGUAUUAUAUGAUAUUUUUGGUGCCAAAUUACCUUUCUCAAUUACAUUUUGAUUGGGCUGUUAUUAAAAUGUUCUUUAUUCUUUAGACCCACGCAGUCUCACAGUGGGAGAGAGAGCGCAGAGCUACGAGGAUGGGCAGUAGAAAGUCAGUGUAGAUACAAAAAUUCGUCAUGUAGGAACAUGAGAUAUACUACAUACACAGAGAAUUACAGGCCUAGAGAAUCUCAUGGUGAUCUAGUACAACCCCCUCCUGGUUAGCAAGUGAGAACGUGCUAAAUUAGAGCCGUGUUUUGUCUGAAGUUGUUUACGAAAUGUGGUAUAGAGCAGUGCCUUGCAAACUAUCUUUGGUGAAGGAAUGUUUUUUUUAAAUCUGUGACAUAGAUGUGCAUUAAAAAAUACAGUAAAAUGAUCAUUACAAGAAAAGUGAAAAAAAACCAUACAAAAUAUAAGUUCAAUUUUUUUCCUUGUUAAUUAAGUUCAAUGGAUGUAAAACUGCAUUUCAGUAAAUGUGGUCAGAGCAACCAUCACAUGGAGAAAAAGAUAUGAGUCACAAAAACUGACUGUCGUCCACUGAAAGUGUGCAGUUACUCAUUUAGGGAAAGCCUGGCAUUUCCCCAGCUAAGAAAUGAGUGUAGCAUAACCAUGACCUGUGCAGAACACUAAGUGUGCAAAGGCAUGUGUGCAAGGCAGAACAUAGCACAUGUGAUGAGCAUGGUAUUGGGAGGGUGUACUAGUAGUACUAGUGGGGAACAGCUCUGAGAACUACCCCUGGGGUAGCAGAAGUGCAGAGAAAUUACCUGUGGUCACGACUCAGAGCCUUUAAACAACUGAAUUUUCCCCCUCUGGGUUUCUGCUCUUUAAUUAUCUACGAUUAAAUUGAAUCCAGAGGCUGACCCAAAGGCAAAGAAAAGUGUUUAAUUUUUUGAAUGAUUGUAUUAACUAAAUUGUUCUUAAAUAAAGCAAAGAAAGAGACUGAAUUUUGAUAGCCACAGAGUUUGAAGGUGAAAGGCUGUGAUAUUAGCAAUGUUAAUCCUAACAUUAGCCACACCACUUUAUUUCUGAACUUCACUCUGAAUAAGAAUGAUCUAGGGAGCCUGUUAAACAUCAAGAUUCCUGGGCCCCAUUUACAUAAAUUCUGAUUCAUUAUGUCCUGAGUUGUGGUAGAGGGUGUUUGCCAGGUGAUUCUGGUACAGCUGAUCUGGGUUCCAGAUGUUGAGAAUUGCUGUUCCCAAAGAUGCUGGAAAACAGAAUCAUCAGGCUAAUUCUGUGUGCAGUUAGUAUGAAAAGCACGAUUAAUGUGAAAUAUUUAAAUCAUUUGUAUAUGAUUAUAGAAUCUUGCCAGAGGAAUACACAGGGUUCUCACAGACUCUCUCAUAAGUACCCUUUAGGACUCCACGCCAAUGUUGGUACCAAAAAUCCAGCAAGCUUGUGGAAGGAAAUAAUCCACAGGUCAUCUUAGAUACUUUUCAGUUAUAUUUAAAGACAUAUGGGUUUUAGGUUUAAGUGAAGACCUGGCUAAUUCCUACGUUAUUGAGUGAUUCCUGUUAUUAGCUAAUUAAUAUUGGCACUAGCACAGGGUCGGAUAAGAAACAGUGCAUCAUAUUUCUGUCCUCAUGGCCAAGCAGCUGAUCAGAAUGUUGUCAACAAAACAAAAAGUUGAUCUUUGUCAAAUAUGCAUUGAAUAUUAGCCACUGAGAAUGAGAUGUUGACCUCGGCCAGGGUCCACGUUUUCGCCAUUGUGUGUGUGUGUGUGUGUGUGUGUGUGUGUGUGUUAUGGCAGCAAUACAGCUUGCAUUAAUUGUUUGUUACUCACCAGACAUUCUGCUAAUCCUCAAAACAACCUUAAAAGGCUGUUAUCUCCAUUUUUGGGGUAAGAGGAUUGAGGUUUACGGAGCUCAAGGACAUUAACUUGUAAGUAAUAAAUGUGAACUCUCCAGCUGAUGUGUACUUUUCCUGGCAUUCUCCCUUCCACAAAAUGCAUCUCACUGGUUACCGACUGUUUUUGUGAGCCUGGAAAUAUGCACCUGAACUCAGAGGGGACUUACUCUUUGUCCUCCAAAUACCUCCUCUUACACUGAAUACCCAAAAGCAGUUGUUCAAGGUUAACUCCCAGAUCUUGGGGAAGGGAACAAAGGUUGUGACUCCUGCUUCCUAAUCCUUUUCUAGGAUUCCUGCAUCUCAAUGCUUUCUCCUGGUUAUCCCUUUCUGUUGCAGCCCGCCUGUGAUGGUUAAUUUUAUGUAUCAGUUUGACUGGAGCACGGGGUGUCCAUAUAUUCAGCUAAACAUUUUUUUCUGGAUGUGUUUGUAAGAGUGUUUCUGCAUGAGAUGAAGCUAUAGAUUGAGUAAAGAAGAUUGUGCUCCCCAGUGUGGGUGGGCUUCAUCCAAUCCAUCGAGAGCCUGAAUAGGACAAAAAGAUGGCCAGUGGGAGAAUUCCCUCUCUGCCUGACCACUUGAGCUGAGACACCGGUCUUCUCCUGCGUUUGAACUGGGACCAUCAGCCCUCUGGUUUUCAGGCCUUUGGACUCAGACUGAACUGCAUCUCCAUCUUUUCUGGGUCUCCAGCUUGCAGAUGGCAGAUCAUGGGGCUUCUCAACUUCCAUAAUCAUGUGAGCAAUUCCUUAUAAUAAGUCUCUUUAUAUAUGUAUAUUGUAUAAAACUGUCUCUCUAUAUGUAUAGAUAUUGACAUAGAUAUCUAUAUAUACACACAUAUAUAUCUCAAUAGAAUAUUGGUUGAUAUGUAUGUAAAGAUGUAUACAUAUGAUGUAUGUAUAUUAAUAACCUAUAUAUAUUAUAUAUAAAAUAACAUUGGUUCUGUUUCUCUGGAGAACCCUAAUACACUGCCCUAAUUGCUAUU